AUGCGCUUCGUUGAAACUGUCGUCUCUCUUGGGCUGCUCCUGGCUACCCAAGUCAAACCCUGCCGUGGCGCCUCCGAUCUCGACAUCCUCGCCGGCCAGCAUGUCAUUUACUCCUUCCCCUCGUCCAGUACGCCCCCCGCGCAGCUAGUCCAGCUCACCAGGGCCGGCCUCGUAGGGGGUAUCAUCCUGUUUGGCGAGAACGUCGACUCCAACACCGCCGCUUCCAUGGAAACGCUGCGGAAAGCUUACGCCGCUUCCCCAGCGCCCGCACUGCUAAAAAGGACUACCGGGGCGGAUGUAAAAUUCUUCAUCUCGACGGACCAGGAAGGUGGAAAGGUGCGCCGCAUGAAGAAUGAUGAGCCAAAACUCUCCGCGAAACAGGUUGGCGCGUCGGCGGACGCAGCGGCUGCGGGCAAAGCGGCAGGAGCCGGUGCGGCGGCAACGUUGAAAAAGUUCAACAAUAAUGCGAACCUGGCGCCAGUUCUGGGCGUGUAUCGCCAAGCUGGUGAUUUUUUGGACUUUUAUGGUCGGUCGUUUGGAAAUAACUCUCAAGCAGUCAUCAAUGCCGUCGUGCCGUUCAUCAAGGCCCAGCAAGCCGCCGGCGUCGCUGCCACGGCCAAACACUUUCCCGGUCUGGGCGCCGCCUCGCACGACGCCAACACCGACGAACGUCCUGUGACGCUGGAACUGUCUCUCGAUGAGAUCCGACACAUCGAUGAGGCUCCAUACGUGCAGGCUAUUGCCGCAGGCGUCGAGCUCGUCAUGCUGUCUUGGGCCGUGUAUCCCGCGCUCGACGGGCGCCCGGCCGGUCUUUCCAACAAGUGGGUACAGGAUGAGCUCCGCGGCCGGCUAGGCUUCGCAGGCGUCACGAUUACGGACGCCAUGGAGGCGGGCUCGCUCAAGGGCUUCGGCAGUGCGGAGGAGACGGCGAAAUUGGCAGCCGAGGCCGGUAUGGACCUGCUUCUGGCGAGCGGACGGAAUGUGACGCAGGGCGAUACAAUUAGGACAGCGCUGGUGAGUGGUGUCCAGUCGGGAAGGCUAAGCAGGACGCAGUUCGAUGAUGCGACGAAACGGAUUGUGGCGAUGCGUAGCAAGCUGUGGGCGUGA